CGAUAUUGAUCGUAAUAGCAAAGAUCAACGGCCAGAAUCUCUUAAUCCACCCCCAAAGCCCGCGCCCAACGGCCAACGUCUAACGUGACCGCGCGCCACGCAUGCUACGUUGUGCUGCCCGCCAUAAAUGCACUCAGAGAGGUGAUAUCGUGGAUCCGUUUUGCGCGGGGGCGGGAUCGGAUUCGAGUGCGCUCUCUUUCUGUUUCCACCUUGCGGGUGGGCAUUCCUUCCUUUUCUUCUCUGCUAGUAGUAGUAGUAGUAGUAGCUAGGGUAGAACAAGGUCAUUGGCCAAACACAUACACACACACACACACAGACACACACACACAGAGAGAGAGAGAGAGAGAGAGAGAGAGAGAGAGAGAGAGAGAGAGGUUUUGGUAGGUGUAGAUGAGACGAGGUUUUCCCGCGUAGACUCGUUAGGCGAGUGCUGUGUGUUUUUUGUUUGUUUUUGUUUUCUGCGUUUGUUGUUUGGGUGGAGGGAAGGGGAAGGAAUUGGGUUGGCGGUGAGUGGGGGAGGUAGGUUGGUCCCACAGAAGGAGAGGGAGGAGUAGGAGGAGGAGGAGGAGGAGGAGGAGGAAAGAGUUGAAGCUUUCUGCUAGCCGUUAGUAGUAGUCGUAGGGAGGGGAAAAAGGUGUAAUGGGUCCAGAAGGGGAAGUUUCGGUGUCAUUUGGUCCGAGUGGGAACCAGCCUUUCUCGCGGCGAGUCAAUCAGCCGUCGCCCCAAGUGAUGGGCGGGCGACACGUGGCAAUGGGUGGUCCCGGACGGGGAUCCGGACCUGGAAUGUCCUUCAUGUCUUUCGACAUGAACAGCCCUCCUGGUCCCUAUGGCCCAGGAACUGGUCCUGGCCUCUACACGCCUCCUCCUCCUGUCAGACCUGGGAUGGCUAAUUUUGGAACAUUUGAAGACGAGCCGCCGCUUCUCGAAGAGUUGGGUAUCAAUCUUCCUCUGAUAUCAAAGAAGACAUGGGCAAUCCUUCGCCCAUUUCGGCUGAAUGCAGAGCUCAUGGAGGAUGGUGACUUGUCUGGGCCGCUGCUAUUCUGUCUCGUGUUCGGAGCUUGCCAAUUAUUGGACAAGAAAUGGCACAUAGGAGUCAUCCUUGGAUGGGGCAUUGUAGGAUCAGUGUUUCUUUACACAGUUUUUAAUCUUCUGGCAGGCAGCUAUGGCAGCCUGGAUCUGUAUCGAUGUACCAGCAUUAUUGGUUAUUGUCUCCUACCUAUGGUGUUAUUUUCAGCACUCUCGCUGAUGCUUCCAGAUGGGAGCAUUGUGGUGUAUGGUCUAGCAUUGGUGUCGAUUCUAUGGGCAACUCGUACUUGUUCUAGCCUCCUGGUAUCGUUGACUCCCCACGCUGAGGAACACUAUAGGCUGGUGGCCUAUGCCUGCGGGUUGAUCUAUACUGCGUUUUCUUUGCUUAUCAUCUUUUGAAAGGUUUGUCUUUAUUUACUUGCGUAUGUAUUUCUACUAUUUUUUUAGCCAUAGAGUCCUUUAUGG